UCUACGUUUAUGCUUCAUGCCGAUCCACGCCAUUUUUAUUUAUAUGUGGGGGUAACGAAGUGACCCGUGCGAUGGAUUUGUAAUAGCUGAAAAUUGGUCACAGAGAUGUUUCGUCUUGCAAUAUGUGCGUGAUGCGAAUCAUCGGUGCAUGCAACGUUCGGCAUUAUCGCAACCCUUCGGCGUGAGGGCUUUUCAUGCAAACGCUGAAUCGUGGUGAUCACUGUGAACACUGCAACGUUCCUCCCAGCACUUUUCCUGAUAUAAAAUGGACCAUCGCCAAAAGAUGAUUAUAAUUCCUCAACAAUCAAAAGUCAAAGUUGAGGAUGAUGAUGAUGAAGAUGUGGAAGCGCUAAGAUUAGCAGCAUUGAAAUCAUUACGAACGAAAGAUGCUACACAUAAGAGAUCGACGCUGUCGCAGGUGCAAAAAAUACUACCACAAGUGACACAAUCAUCCCGUUUCCCAUACAAAAGUCAACGGCCUACGAAAAAAAAUUAUUAUCACAACAGAGUGCAACAAAGGCAAAAUGGCAACGUAUAUUACCAGAGCCCUCGUAAUCCAAACCUGAUAGCUAUAGUUCCUGUAGAUGAACCUUCCCCACUUCAACAGGCUCAAUUAGCUUGUCCUGUAGAAAAGACUGAGCCACAUAUAUCUUACCCUCAAGAAAUAUCAAAAUUUCAUCGUUUUAAAGAUAACGGAAGUGCUUCUGAAGAUGAAGAAACAAAGGAGCAAAAAAGUACUAUGACUUCUGUAAAGACAGAAACUUUAGCAAAAGAAGAAUCAAUUGAAUCUUCGGCAGAGAUAGAAAAUCAAGAAAAAGUUGCGAAAAGUCCACAAAAGAAUGGUGAUAACCAAGAGGAAGAUGGUAACGAUGAUGAUGAUGACAUACUUUUAAUGGCUGACCUCGAAGAAGAAGAUAGUUUAGAACGCUUAAUGGAUGAAAUGGAAAGGGAAAUGAAUGAUGAAAGUAAACUGUCUGAAAAGAAAGAGAAAAGAUUACAUAAGGGUGAAGUUAGAGAUACCGUAAAAAGUGAGGAAGGAAGUAAAAAUCUAGACCAAAAAGCGAAAUCAGAUGACAGCUACAGUAAGGAGAGAAACGAUGUUACUUCAUCUUUGGCUACAAUUGUCAAAAACGAUAGAAGAUCAAUCUCUCCACAUGUAAUGAACCGAAUUAAUCAAAAACGCAGAUCAUUGUCUCCAAAAUCGCGUUUACGGAAAAAAUCACCAAGAAGAUCUCCUAGAAGAUCUCCAAUCAGACAACUGAAAAAAUCUCCGAGAGAAACAUCAACAAGAUAUAGAUCACCUCGAAGAUCUCCUUCGUCACGAUAUUCCCCUAGAUCUAGAUCGCCCAAAUUUUCACCACGCAGAUCUCCAAACAGAAUAUCUACGAAAAGAUCACCGCUUAGAAAAUUAUCGCCGAGAGGCAGAUCACCCAAGCUUUCAUCGCGUUCCAAGUCACCUCGACCACAUAGGUCAAGAUCACCAAGAUCACAUAGAUCAAGAUCAAAGUCUCCAAGGUUACGUUCACCCAAAAUAUCACGAUCUAGAACACCACGAUUGUCAAGAUCAAGAUCGCCAAGAUAUUCACCACCUCUUAGAUCACCCAGAUCCAAAUCACCUAGAUUAUCUCCGAAAAGAAUGUCACCACGUCGAUUACGAUCUAGAUCUAGGUCUCCCGGUUUAUCUUCUCGAAGAGGAUCGUCUCACUUGCGUUCCCCGAAAGUAUCACCACAUAGAAUAUCACCUCGCUUGAGAUCACCGCGACUUUCGCCGCACAGAUCGCCGUGGUCGUCCCCGAGACAUUCACCUCGUCUUUCACCACGACGUAGACGAUCUCCGAAAUGGUCACCUAAAGAAUUACCUAGAAAACACGGUCCACGUUCUAACACUCCAAAUAAUAGAGAUAGAUUAGUAUCGUCUCCAAUUUUCAAACGUACAGCGACGCCAGAAAUACUCAGGGUGAAGACAAAACAGAAAGAUGAAGCAUAUGAAAAAUCAACGACAACAGAAACGGUAAAGGAAUCUGUCGAUGCAAUUAGUGAUCCUGUUCUAGAGGCAAGAAAAAAGAAAUUUGAGUCUAUACGGCCUAUUGAUCCUAUAAAUGCCAAUAAGAAAAUUAAAUUAUCCAAGAAACAUACCACAAGUACAAAAGUGGAAUCUUCAGAAGAAACGGAGAUGCAAUUAGGUAGUGCAAGGAAAGCGAACAAAAUUGUGGAAGAAUACGAUGUUCAAGAAAUGGAUGUAUGUUUGGAAGUAGAUUACGAGUUUGAAGAAUGUAAAGGAGCAAUGGAAAAUACAUCACCAAGCGCUUUUACCAAUUCUGUAAAUAUAAAUGUAGAACCACAAAAAAUAGAAAAAGAGAAGUCUUUAAAGAAAAAGAAGAAGCGCGAUAAAGAGUUAUAUCAAGUGGGAAAAUUGAAAAGCGAACUGCCGCUUUCUGAACGUAUUGGAAAGGACAAAAAAUAUAAAAAGCGCAAAGAUAUAGUCUCUGAACAGGACAUGGAUACUAUAUAUGAAGAUGUGACCAUAGAUGAAGAAGGAGAUUUACGAACGGAACUUAGCAGAAGACGUGCAGAAAGAUUAAACAGAACAGUACCGAUUCAAUCUGCUAGAUUGGUGCAGUCAGCUUUUAAAGGCGUUGUUAAUGAAGCUGUGAAAAAUAACGCAAAAGCCAAUCAGAGACAUGUCAUUAAUACUGAUGAAAAAUCUAAUCAAAAGGAAAUUAGGCGGGUUACUGUGUUACAUAGAUCAUCAUUAAAUGAAUUACAUGAUUCUGAAGAUUUCGACUUCAAAUUAUCUUGUGUUCUUACGCCUCCCUUUCACUUGCCCACCAAGACGCAAAGUGGGAUGGGUGGACGUGUUCAAGUAAUAGUUUUAGGACACCCGGUAUGUAGGCGUUACACCCUUGUAGCUGCAGCCAGAAACGGCGCGGACGAGCGAAGGGGUUGCAGGCGGUACGAGCGCAGACGCAAGCCGCUCAGCGAACAUAUCGAGGCUUUCAUGAGACUGACCUGGCAAUCAAUGGCAUGGCAGAACGCUUGA